CCUUGCGCUAUGUAAACCUCUCGAAAGCCCUAAUUUUAAAAUUGUUGUUCUCUGCUACUUUUACACUGAGUUGGCUUUUCUCACUCCUCAACAAUGGGUAGGAAGCUCGAUUCUGAGGUUACAGAGGAUCCUCAAACCCUAGAAUCCUCUCAAAGCGACAAGAAGAAGCGGAAGUUUCCAGAUCGAGAAUUGAAGGCCAAAGUUGCAGAUGAAAACCGGGAAGAAACCCCAGAAAUAGUUCAGAGUAAAAAGGACAAAGAGAAGAAGAAGUGGAUAAACCAGGAAUUAGGGUUGGAGACUAAUGGAUUUCACAAGGAAGUUGAUGGUAAUGUGACCGCAGUUGGAACCUUGCACGAGGAUUUGGCCCUGAGUAAAAAUGCAGAUGAUUAUCACUGCGAAAAUGGAGAAAUUCAUCAGAAGAAGAAGAUUAAGAAGAGAGGAGAUGGAGAGUCUGGUCAAAUACAUGAAGUGAUCAAAGAGAACAAUAAGCUGAAGAAAAAGAAGAAGAUAAAGGGGGAAUCAAAUGAUUUGGAUGUUGCUGAAGUUCAAGAAGAGAGCCAGAAAAACGGCAACAGUUUGAAGCUCGACGACGAGACAUCUGAUGAUGGAGUGAUUGUAUCAGGAAGAUGCAUCAAGGAAUCAAAAUACACUGCAUUGAAGUGUUUUGAGGAGGCAAAGCUUCCAGACACUGUCAUGGAGUGUUGCAAGGGUUUCAGCAAACCAUCACCAAUUCAAUCUCACUCAUGGCCGUUCCUUCUGGAUGGCCGGGAUUUUAUUGGGAUAGCCGCAACUGGUUCAGGAAAAACUUUGGCAUUUGGUGUUCCCGCUCUCAUGCAUAUACUGCAAAAGGAGAACAGAAAGCACUCAAAGAGGUCACUUCCUCUUUGCCUUGUACUCUCACCAACAAGGGAGCUUGCUCAACAAAUUGCAGACGUUCUUUCUGAUGCUGGGAAGCCCUGUGACAUAAAAUGUGUAUGCUUGUACGGAGGAACUUCCAAAGGACCACAAAUAUCUUCUUUGAAAUCUGGUGUUGAGAUUGUUAUUGGAACUCCUGGUAGAUUGAAAGAUCUAAUGGAGGCUGGUCUGUGCUGCCUUGAGGAGGUCUCAUUCGUGGUUUUGGAUGAAGCAGAUCGAAUGCUUGAUAUGGGAUUUGAACCAGAAGUGCGCUCCAUACUGAGCCAAACUUGCCGUUCUCGUCAGACAGUCAUGUUUAGUGCAACAUGGCCUCUUGCUGUUCAUCAAUUAGCUCAAGAAUUUAUGGAUCCAAGUCCUGUGAAGGUUGUCGUGGGUUCGGAGGAUUUAGCUGCAAACCAUGAUGUUAUGCAGAUAGUAGAGGUCUUGGACGAGCGUUCACGAGAUACACGCUUGAUCUCCUUGCUGGACAAAUACCACCAGUCCCAGAGGAACAAAGUCUUGGUCUUUGUCUUGUAUAAGAAAGAAGCAGUUCGGGUUGAAACUAUGCUUCAAAGAAGGGGAUGGAAGGUUGUGUCUGUGCAUGGAGACAAAGCUCAGCAGGACCGAACUAAGUCUCUUUCUUUAUUCAAGGAGGGAAAAUGCCCUCUCAUGAUUGCCACUGAUGUGGCUUCUCGAGGAUUAGACAUUCCCAGUGUUGAAGUGGUGAUCAAUUACAGCUUUCCUCUCACUACAGAGGACUAUGUCCAUAGGAUAGGGAGAACAGGGCGUGCUGGCAAGAAGGGAGUUGCCCAUACCUUCUUUACCCAGGAGAAUAAGGGUCUUGCUGGAGAGCUUGUGAAUGUCCUCAGGGAAGCUGGGCAGGUGGUGCCUGAGGCUCUCCUAAAAUUUGGCACUCAUGUGAAGAAAAAGGAAUCAAAGCUAUAUGGAGCACACUUCAAAGAAAUUGGCAAAGAUGCCCUGAAGUCCACCAAGAUUACAUUUAAUGAUGAUGAUGAUUGAUUUUACCCGAGGAAUGGCCUCCUUACCUUUCACUUAGAAACAUUUACGAAAAGAAGAGUUCCUUGCCUCCUUGUAGCAUACCAUCCAUUGGAAGAGAGAGAGAGAGAGAUCGCACCUGACCUAAUGCAGAUGACGAUAUUUUUGGCGGAAAGAUGGACUUAACCUCACCUGAUUCUUUUGAUAAAAGAGAACGUGGGAAGGGCGAUGAGAUUUGUGUUCUCAAUUUCGUUGUCCUCUUUAUUAUUGUCUGGUUAAAGAUCAACUGGGGAAUGUGGUUCUGCAUCUGUAUCAGUAAUCACAUCUUUACAUAUUAAUUAAUUUUAUGGUAUAUCAUGCCAAGAUUGAAAUUUUUAGGCA